AUGGCGUCAACAUCUUUCAACGGCAACGGCUACGUAAUGGGCUCCCGGAUUCCUAUCCGGGACGUCAACCCUGUUGUGCCUGCGCCCUCCCCGGCCAAGCCUCUGUCGAUUGCCUCUCGCAUCAUCGGCGCGAGAGCAGCAGAAUGUACUGGAUCUGCCAACCAGUGCGAGAAGCCUGUCGACCAGUCCGCUCUCACCCUGCCCAUUGCCCUGGGUAUCUCAAUCCCCGUCUUCGGUGCCCUUUGCUUGUUGUUUUACUUCCACCGGAGGAACAUGAAGAAGCAGAGACUGGAGGACAUCAAUGACCCGAACAGAGGCUUGGACUUCGGACUGGGCGAGGGCGGCUCUGACAAGGGCGGAAACGGCAAGGCCAAGCGCAAGAGCAUGAUGUUCCGUGAGAAGGGAAUGGGCGUCGACACCAAGAAACGCCAAUUGUCCAUGGACAUGAACCUGUCAAGCCCCUACCUCCUCCCGCCCGGCGUGCAGAACUCGCGUGAGUCUCUGCACUCUCUCGCGAAGACUCUCCACAACGAAGCAGACCCCUACCGCCACAUCGACAAGUACGGCAGCGACGUCGGCUCGAUCCGAUCUUUCAAGCCGGACGGCUCCGUUUACAGCCGUUCGACCAGCCAGAGACGCGACUCCAGCAUGACCGGUCGCACCACCAUGACAAACAGGACUCUGCCCCCGAGACAGAACUCUCUGCCCAAGCCCCCCGGCGUCUCUGCCGAUCCGUUCGCCACGCCAAAGUCCAGGUCAGGAUCUCCCGCGCCCGACGGUCUUACGCCCAUCUCGCCAGUCAUCGCCACGCCUACGUCUCCCGUCAUCAGAAGCCCUCUCAUCGCGGAGCCCAUCAUCCCGCAGAUCGAGACGGUGCCGUACCCGGACGACAGGAACAACAGAAGCUCUCUCCCUCAGAUCCCCGAUCUCCCGGAACCCGCCCCCGUCGCCUUUAAGGGCCUUCCCACCAACCCGCGUCCCUCUGGAGCAAACCCUGCUGCCCCUGAGGCCCGGGAGGCAGACACCGCUCCUUUUGCGGCUGAGCUACCUGGCACCGCAAGAGCGGAGCAAGGCCAGGCCCCGGUCAUCCCGGCUGUUGGCCUUGGUCUGGAAGAUAUGAGCUUCCCCACUCCCACUCACCGCUCCUCCCCCCCUGCCGGCGGCUCGCUUCCCUCGAGCCCCCGGCCCCAGAAGGACGGUACUCCAUCGACGCUUCCAGCCAUCGUUCCCGAGGAAUCGAGUGUUUAUAAUGACCGUUACGACCAAGAUGACUACGAGUAUGAGGAAAGGGGUCGGUCUCAACGUCGUUCUGUGGAAGUAGCCGACAAUCGUGCGUCUCGUCAACUCGGUAUCCCGGCUCAAGACAAUAAGAGACUGUCGGUUGGCUUCCGCCCCCUUCCGCCGGACGAGGUCAUGGAGUCUGAAGAUCCCGAGGAGCGUGCCAACAGAAUCAGAUCCUUCUACAAGGAGUACUUCGACCCCGACAACCCGGGCGCGGGCGGCCAGCCGCCCCUGCCUCGCGGUCCUCCCAUGGGCCCUCCCCGAGGCCGAGGCCCUCCUCCGGGACAGCCUCAGUACUACGAGGACGUUGACCCGAGCUAUAUGGGAGGUCCGGGAGGCGACGCCUACUUCGACCCCGACACGAACUCGUUCGUCAUGCCCUACGCGCAGCCCGUCACUCGUCGCGCCAUGACUCCGCCGCCGAACGCUUCCCGUUUCCGCGGCCCGCCCCCUCCCAGAGUCAUGCACGGCUCGAUGGGUGGUCGCAUGGCCAGCCCCGGCCCCGGCUUUAGGGGAAGAGGACCACCCCCGCCACGUGCCGGAUCGGCCAUGUCUAGCCGUCUUGGGCCCUCCCGACGAGGCUCCGACAUGUCCAGCCAGUACACCCCGAGACCCGGAUCGUCGGUGUCCAACCGGAUGGGUCCCCCACGACAGAAGCCCAAGGGUCCUCCGCCCUCCGACCUCAACACCCUGCCCAACCCGGCCAAGCUCAAGGACGACACCUUCGCCAUCAUGAACCCGCUCGACUUCGCUCCUCCCGAGAGCUUUGCCGAUCGUGCUCGCGGUCGCUCUCAGAGCCCGGCAGGCGAGAGACGUCCGUACAUGCAACCGAAGGGUAUCCACUCCCCGUUGGUCAGCAGCUUCGAGGAGAUGCCUGCUAUGCCCAGCCCACACUUGUUGAGGAAAUCGGGAACAUUCACCGCCCUUGACUUUGCUCCUCCCCGCAAGUUCAAGGACUCGGACACGAUGAGCGACGCCGGCAGUAUCCGUAGCAACCGCAGCGGCAUCUCUGCAGUCAACCAAGCCGCCAUCCGCAGUGGUGCCGGCAGAGUCAGCCGCCUGCCCGGCGACACCGUCUUCACACAAGCCUCCAUGCAGGACCAGCUGAAACCGUCAUGGGGCAUGCACCGGUAA